ACAUUGUUGCAGACUCCAAACAUUCAUAAAAGAAAGAGCAGAAGGGUAAUAGAGCAGAGUGAGUCUAGUCAUAUAAUUAAGAAAAGAGAAAGAUGGGUGGUUGGGCUAUUGCUGUGCAUGGUGGUGCUGGUGUUGACCCCAACCUCCCUCUCCAACGUCAAGAAGAAGCCAAACAACUUCUCACUCGUGUUCUCAAUCUCGGCAUCUCUGCUCUUCGUUCCAAUCUUCCCGCCAUUGAUGUUGUCGAACUUGUGGUGAGGGAAUUGGAAACGGAUCCACUAUUCAAUUCGGGUUGUGGAUCUGCCCUGACAGCAAAAGGAACUGUGGAAAUGGAGGCUAGCAUAAUGGAUGGUCCAAAACGACGAUGCGGUGCCGUUUCAGGAUUAACCACCGUUAAGAAUCCUAUUUCCCUGGCACGGUUGGUUAUGGACAAAUCUCCUCAUUCCUAUCUUGCUUUUGAUGGUGCUGAAGAUUUUGCUAGACAACAGGGUGUGGAGGUUGUGGACAAUGACUACUUUAUCACUCCUGACAAUAUUGGCAUGCUUAAGCUGGCAAAGGAAGCAAAUACAAUUCUGUUUGAUUAUCGAAUUCCAUCCUCAGGAUGUGGUGUAGGAGUUGAAAGUCCAUUGAAAAUGAAUGGACUUCCAAUGAGUGUGUACGCGCCCGAGACAGUGGGAUGUGUGGUUGUUGAUCGUGAAGGAAGGUGUGCUGCAGCCACUUCCACUGGCGGGUUAAUGAACAAAAUGGUGGGCCGAAUUGGUGACUCGCCACUCAUAGGAGCCGGUACCUAUGCAUGUAAGCUUGCUGGUGUAUCAUGCACGGGUGAAGGCGAGGCUAUAAUUCGAGGGACUUUGGCGCGCGAGGUGUCGGCUGUAAUGGAGUACAAAGGACUCGGACUUCAAGAAGCAGUGGAUUAUGUGAUUAAGAAUCGAUUGGAUGAAGGAAUGGCUGGGCUGAUUGCGGUUUCUAGUAAAGGUGAAGUUGCUUAUGGAUUUAACUGCAAUGGUAUGUUUAGAGGAUGUGCUUCUGAGAAUGGGUUUAUGGAAGUUGGAAUUUGGGAGUGAAGAAAUGUUGGAAAAAAUUGCACAAUUGUGCAAUUUUUAUGUUACAGACUUAGUUGGCGGUGGAAAUUGUUGGGUCUUUUUCUUUGAUUUGAUUUGUUUUUCGUUAAGUUUUUAGGGUGGGUUAUGACUAGUUGUUUCAUUGCAACUUGAAUAUUUUAGGGUCUCGCAUUGUAAUUAAUUAGAGGUUUCUGGGUUAUUUUCUUAAUCUCUUAUGGAAAUAAUAAAAGCUCGUGACAUAACCCCCCAUAUAAUCCGUGUUGAUUUUUUCAUCCUCUCAUUUAAUGUUUAUGUAUAUUUCUAUUAUUCCC